CGCCGCCUUCCUGCGCUUCAUUUGGUGGGCGGCGUGGGCUGGCACGUGCAAUUGAAAGGCGCCUCACCAACUGCCCAGAUAGGAAUAACUUCGCUCAUACAACGCGUGCUUGAGACCGGACCAAGAUGCAGAGGCGCAUGUUAAGCAAGGAGGAGGAAGAGGCGGCCGGGGACGAGGUCGAGGUCCGACGCGAGGACCAGGACAAGAUCAACAGGUUCAGCCGCCUGCACCAGCGCGAGCUCACCAUCGAGGAGGAGCUCAAGGCCAAGAACAAAGAAAAGGAGGAGCUCGACGAUGUCAGCACCGAGCUGGAGCUGGCCGACGAAGACGAGACCGUGCCAUACAAGGUCGGGGACGCCUUCUUCCACGUGUCCCUGCCCCAGGCCCAGGAGAUGCUGGGGAUGUCGGGCUCCAGGCUCGAGGGCGCCAUCGAGGAGCUCGAGGACUCGCUCGGCACCAUCAAGGAGGAGAUGACGCAGCUCAAGGUCGAGCUAUACGCCCGCUUCGGCAAAAGCAUUCAGCUGGAGACCUAGGACGAUAAGGGAGGGCGGCUUCCAAAGCUGUCGGGCUUGUAAUGUGUGUGAUUAAUUGAGAGCAAGCUGUUAGGGAGGUAGCGAAGCACCUAUUCUCUGCCAGCAAUAAGUUACAGGUGCUCCAAGGACUUGGGCAGACAUGAGUGCGCAUCCGCCGGCUGCCUUUUUCCCCCAACCCCCUUAAAUCUACCAGAAAGCCAGCAAAUAUUCGCAGCUAUUACAAGGAGAACAAGAAAUGAUAUAUCCAUACGCUAGAAUAUGUCAAAAGUCUCGCAAAGUCUGCUCCGCAUCUCC